AUUUAUUUGCUGAUUUGUGUGUCCGAAAAUCUGCUGGAAAUAGGGGAGAAAAUUGAUAGUAAUUAGACCAUGAUUUAACUUAAUUCAAGUGGGAUUUAUAUGAUUGAGUGUUAAUUGUCUGCUGGGUGAUUUUUGGAGAAAAUCUAGUGAAUUAGCUAGUGUUUUGGCCAAUUUUGGAAGUGAAGUUACUGUUCACGAUACUGUUCACGAUACUGUUCACAGAACACUGUUCACACACCGAGGGCCAACAAUUAACGGAGAUUUAAAUGUUUAGGUUGUGAUAUAAGAAUAAAUUUGGAGAUGUCCGGUUAUGGGGAGAUUGAUAGAAAUAGCACUGUGAUUAGGGGUAGUGCUAAUGAUGAUUUCGCUGUAAAUUUGUGGUGGUAUGGUUAUUAAUUGUGGAAUAUUGUGAUUAGGUUUUGAUCAUUUUGUCACUGUAGCACUUGGGUUAGUCUUCAGUUCUGUGCGAGUGAGGUUUAAAGUGAUUUUAAAUUGAUUUUAAAUUGAUUUUAUCAGCAUCUGAAUGUGAUUAAACUGAAAUGGAAAUUGUGAUGGUUUUAUGAUAAUUUCACUGUUUUUUUUCUGGAAUUGAGCAUGAUUGGGGUGAAAAUGGGAAUUUCAUUGUUUUCUGGAAUUGAGCAUGAUUGAAAUGAAAAGUGAGAAUUUCAUUGUUUUUCUGGAGUUAUUACACCGAGCAUGAUUGGUUUGAAAUGAAACUGUUUUCAUUGGUAUUGAGUAGAGCAUGCCUAUUUGGAAUUGACUGAACUGUUUUGAUAAACUAAGAGUUUACAAAUUCUGAGUUUUCUGAUAAAUCCAUGCCCACAUGGAUUUUUCUGGUUAUUUCUGAAAUUGGGAUUGAUUGUGAAAUUCGGGUUCUCUGUAAACUUUGCAUGGUUUUGUCUCGGAUAUGGUCAUGAUUACUGAUUACUGUGCCCGCUAGUGGGAGGUUUAUAAACGCUAGCACAUGUCGACAUGUUUACUGAUAUGACCGGUCCAUUCUGUAACCCUACCAAUGGGGUUAAACAUUGGUAAUUACUGUCGCCUACCAGUGGGAGUUGUAAACACUGGCACCAUUACUGACGCCUGCCAGUGGGAGUUGUUAAACACUGGCACUUCUGUAACCUUGCCUAUGGGGUUAAACAUUGGCAACUACUGUGCCCGCCAGUGGGAGGUUUAUAAACGUUGGCCAUGACCUAUGGAUGAGACUACUGAUGAGUUUUAUUCUGCAUGAACGGUUUGUCAUGAAGGCUUUGAUAUUGAAUUGAAUCUGAUUCUGUUUUAAUGGUUUGUCAUUGAACGUUUUGCUAUUGAACGGAAUUUGAUUCCGCAUUAACAAUUUAUCAUUGAAAGUUCUGUUAUGUUUACAUGGUUUGUCUGGCAAGCUUAAAAGUUUUACCCAAGGGCUAUCCAUAUUUACUUACUGAGUUAUCUCAUAGUUUUCCUUGUCCACCAUUUCAGGAAGUGAUACCGAGGACGGGGAAACCGAGGGGAGUGACGAGUUAGAAGGCUAGCCAUCGUGUAAAUUGAAUAUGGAUUUUAGAUAUGAAUGAUGAUCUUGUAAGCAAGAUUUUAAUUGGAGAUUGUAAAUUCAUUUAGUGGAUUGUUAGUUUUUAAGAUUUUAUCUUCAGAUUUUGAUGGUGUCAGAUUGUGAAUUGGAUAAGUUUUGAGCCUUGUGCACUUGCGGGACCCGUCUCACGAGUGCACGG